AUGGCGAAAAAAGGCGAUAAGAAAAAAGACUCAAAAAAAGAAGAAGCAGAGGUACUUUUUGAAGUGGGUACCGGCGAUAUGGACGUUUAUGAGAACUUGCGCGAACUCCAAGUCGAAAUGUCCGACUUGAUGAGUGAAUAUGUCGAGCAUGUCUCCAGAACACCUUUUAUUCAUAUAAAAGGGAAGUAUUUCACCAUGCAGCAAUACUACGCAUGGGAGUAUCGCCUUAGGUUGAAAAAGCGGAUUUACUCUGUGGUUUAUCCGGAGCACAGACGCGUCUAUAUCUAUAGCGCAGGCACUCAUCCAAAGGAGAAAGUACCAAAACCACCAAAGGCUGAAAAUAUAGCCUGGUCAAGAUUUCAAAAGCUUUAA